AUGAUCCGCGAACUACAUUGCCCACAAUACUACGCGCGCCGCCAUCUCAGCCAGUGGGCGGUGGUCGUCCCAGGUCCUGGCCAUUGUAAGCCCAAAGGCCAACUCUACAAGCUCCCACCCGAGCUCUUCCUUGAGGGGCGUGAGACCGACCCAACUAACGCCGCGCCCCCCGCGGCGUUAGCUGCCCCGGCCCCCGGGCCGGGCAGUGGCAGCACAGGGCCCCGAGUCUACUUCCAGAGUCCCCCUGGGGCCGCAGGCGAAGGCCCAGGGGGCGCGGAUGACGAUGGCCCCGUGAGACGGCAAGGGAAGGUCACCGUCAAGUACGACCGCAAGGAGCUACGGAAGCGCCUCAACCUGGAGGAGUGGAUUUUAGAACAGCUCACGCGACUCUACGACUGCCAGGAGGAGGAGAUCCCAGAGCUCGAGAUAGAUGUGGAUGAACUCUUGGACAUGGAAAGUGAUGAUACCCGGGCUGCUAGAGUCAAGGAGCUGUUAGUUGACUGUUACAAACCCACGGAGGCCUUCAUCUCUGGCCUGCUGGACAAGAUCCGGGGGAUGCAGAAGCUGAGCACACCCCAGAAGAAGUAAGGGUCCUGACUCAGAUGACCGAGGCUCCCACAGGACAAUCGCUGCCCCCCAACCUCGUAGCAACAGCAAUACUGGGGGACCCUGCAGCCAGGCCUGGUGCCACGAGCAGGGAUCCCCGUGCCCCUGCCCAGGGGACAUUUCCCUUGCCCUCAGUUUUCCACUUUUGGGGUUUUUUAUUGUUAUUAAACUGACGGGACUUUUUGUGUUUUUAUAUUGACUCUGCGGCGCAGGCCCUUUAAAAAUAAAGCUAGGAUACAGCCUUUGGAGCAGCUAA